AUGAGUCUCCUCAAAGAACGUAAACCAAAGAAGCCUCAUUACAUCCCAAGACCACCAGGAAAGCCAUUUAAGUAUAAGUGCUUUCAGUGCCCCUUUACUUGCAAUGAGAAAUCCCAUCUUUUUAACCACAUGAAGUAUGGCCUCUGCAAAAACUCCAUUACUUUAGUAUCAGAGCAGGAUCGCGUUAUCAAGUGUCCAAAGGCUAGCUCCUUGGAGCCAAAACAGAUCAAUCAGCUCGACACUGCAGUCAAAGCAACUUCUUCUAAAUCUGUCACCAAUGUACUGUCAAAUCUCGAUUCAAAGCCUCAAUACGCUUUUCCAAAAGAAGAUGCCAAGGAAAACGUUGAAUUACAAAACCAGGCAACAACCACAGCAAUUCAAGGACAAAAAACUGCAAUUCAGAAGGAAUUAACCCCUGCCAGUACUACAACAGAAAGUGCCAUCAGCAUGCAGCCUCUUUUGGACAGCAUUGUACGGCCCUCAGCUUUUGUUCCUGUAGGAGAACACAGAGAUAGCAAAGGCCCAGAAACUAGUGAAGUAUCUGAAAUUAUAUCGCUCCCUAACAAAAGUUCACCUUUUCACACUAAAUCUGCAUUUCAUGCACCAAGUCACCCCUGGAAAGCAGGCUCUCCUUUCCUCCCAGAAUUUCCACAUAAAGUUCCUCCCACAAAAGGCUUUGGUUCCAUCUCACCUUACAUGCAGCCAAUGAUUCCAGAGUACUCGCCCCAUUUUUAUGAGCAUAGGCUGGCCAUCUACACACCUUACUUGCUUCCAGGUAAUUCAGAGUGUGAAAGCUCUGCUCUGUCCGUCUACGGCACACAAGACCAGAGACACUUUCUUCCCCAUCCUGGGCCACUUCCAAAACCCAUAAAUCCAUCAGCAUAUGAACACUAUCGAUUAUUCCAACAAUAUCAUUCCGCUCCUCCUAUACCGUAUGGAUUUUGUAGGCCAACCGAUCCUCCGUUUUACCGAUUUUCACACGUAGCUGGUAUUAACAGGGAUCAAAGCUCUCAUCUAAUGGAAGAAACUACCUUGUUGUAUCCAGCUUCUUUAAGUCCAUCCCAACAAUACCCUCUAGGUUCGCAUAAAAAACAAGCGGACUAUGAAAAAGAAAUGACAUUACUGCAUGCCAAAAGUCAUUCCAAAGAUGACCAAAAUGAACGCGAGAAUGCUAAAAUGAGCCCUCUGGCAGGAAGCGCAGCAACAGGCUCCCCAGGUAGACCUAGCCCAACCAACUUCACCCAGACAAGCCACGCAUGUGAGGGCUUAUUUGACCUCUCCAACAAGUCAUCUUCCACAUCGCUUGGCAAGUAUGAUCAACCAGAAGAAAACUUCACAGCUUUCAGACCUGUGAGAAAAAGCACUGACCAACCAACUCAACUUCAAAGUGUGCCGACACAGCAAGAUCGUGACGAUUCACCUGCCAGCAUUAAUGUCACUGAUGAAGAUUCAUACACACCUAACGAAUGCCCUAACAAUGAAGGUUCACUGUCCAACACCGAAGAAGACACAGGAAUAGCUCCCCUUAAUCUUUCAAAAAAGGCUGACACAAAUGCAGGACCUGCUCAUGAACAUGCAUACAAAACUACAUCCAAAACAGAAAGUCAGAACUUUCUAGAACUGCAAGAUAUGCCUCUGAACCUCUCGGUAAAAGAUUCCUGCAACACAGGAAGCCUGAAAACGUCAUCCCACAGUCCAUCUCGUGAUAAUGGUGCUGCUACUUCUCCGAACCCUGAAAAUGAAAACUCUGGCGCAGAUGUGUGUAACCCCAAGAACCCUACUAACAGCGUCUGCAACAAAUCUUUCCUGGCUCACCGUAACGAAGCUCAAGACUUACGAAUAAUCGAUAGUUGUGAUGAACAGAAACAAACAGCAGCUGUAGCUCUCUGUCAGCUGGCUGCAUACAGCCCUAGCAAAGUUAGAAUGGACAACGAAGGGCAGAGUCCUCAGGACUGUAAUACUUCGUGUACAGAACCUGCACUUAAUUCUUCUGAUACUCAGGAUACUCAGUGCAAUCAAAAAGUAAAAGGACAAAAAAGGACAAAUCAAAAAGAAUCAGCAAAAUCACAGCAAGGCACUAAAAGAGUAAGGCCAAAUGACUGUAGCCGAGUCUUUACUUUAAGGAAGAGAACAAGAGUAUCUUAA